AUGUUUCUUGCUGGUAUUGCUGAUGGUUUAUGUAGUCUUUGUGGUCAACGGGAAGAGACGGUGUUGCACGCUCUCCGUGAGUUCUCGGAGGUUCGGCCAUUGUUUCAGGUUGCUGGUUUACCUUCAUUUCUUAGGGCUGGGGAGUUUGAUUCACGUGGAUCAUGGUUGGAGUCUAUUCUCUUCUUAACUGAUGCCAACAAUUUCACAUAUUUCAUUAUCCUUCUUUCUCAAAUUUGGCAUAUAAGGAAUGUGCUCGUGCAUGAAGGACGUCUUUUUCCUGGUUGGUAUGUUGUAUCAUCGUCCCAAUCCAUGCAAACUGCUUUUGAACGUGCUGUUGCAUCCAUUCUAGAGAACUCCAAUGUUGCAAGAUAUCAGGAUUAUUCUUCAAGUUGGCGUAAACCACCUGCUGGAUAUGUGAAAGUCAAUGUUGACGAUGCUUGCCCUUUUCAAUCAGGUUAUCUAGCAGUGGGAGUGGUUAUCCGAGACUCGGAGGGUAUGGUGCUCGCUGGGAGGGGAAGCCGUUUAGAUUGUCCCCGAGAUUCCAUGCUUGUUAAAGCCCACGCUCUUUGCGUUGGUCUCCGUUUAGCGGUGACGUCAGGUAUAGCCAGAGGUUUAAAUAGCGUUCGCAGUCACGUUUUCGGUCACGUCGUGUUUAUCACGGUUGCGGACAUAACGGAUGUCAUGCGGGUAUCGCGUGUCGGAACCGCCUUUCGGUUGGACCCCGAAUUAGACUUCGACUUGGAUUAA